UAUAAUUCAACAUCAAUAGUGCCCUGAGAUUAUUGUCUUUGUAUAGAGUAGACUGUUUUAUCGGCAGAUUCGUAUCGGCAUCAGAUUAAUCCAAAUUGUUUGAACGUUGAGCAUUAUGAUUGGCGAGUUUGAGGACUUAGACAUCUUCCAUGACUGCCGCAGUGACGACGAGGAGAAUCCAGAUGUGCAAGUGGGCGGUGGUGAUGAAGUGAUCUGCAAGCAAGCGCCUCGAUUCGACGAUCCUGUCCAGAUUCGGGCCGUUUUGGAGCGGGCAGCCACUGCCACCCAGCGGUUGCUGAGGUGCUACGGAGGCACUGAUUGCGUGCCAACUCGUCCUUUGAUGACACUUUUCUAUCCGGCCACCCUGGAGGUCAGUGCCCGUCUGCACACGGACGACAAGUGUCCUUGCCCCAAGGACAGGCAGUGCAAGUUGAUUGGCGACCCAGUGACCCUGAGGUUGCCAAUCGAACUGAAUCCGGAAAGCGGCCAGGUGAAAGUCAACAUCUUCCAGCCCAAGUCGAUUGGCACAUUUUGUGGAUGCAAUGCACCUGGAAAUCAGAACAAGUCGAAGAGCAGGAGAUCGAGUGUAAAGUGGUCCAACAAGGAUGAAGUAUGUCCCGAUUGCCAGGAAGCUAAUCAAGCCUCGUGAAUUUUAAACUUAUCAAGAGCCACAUUAUGUUCACUUAGUUGUUUUUUCUCGAAAUUCAUUGGUGACUAAAUUGGAUUUUGUUUGAAAAA